AUGGCGGAAGCGAUCGGAAUCGCCUCCGGCGCCAUCGCUUUCGCCGACUUCGCGGGCAAAGCCAUCUCAUUAUCCAUCAAGCUCAAGCUCUUGUGGGACGAGGUCAAGGAAGUCCCCGCCUUCCUGCUGGAAAAGGUCGAGGAGCUCCAAGAUCUCGGCGAGCUCCUCAGCCACGCCGAAAGACAGGCCGCCGACGAGCUGGCGCCCGCCUCCGUGUGGAGCACCGCGGCCAUGCAGAAGGCCAUCGGCAGGGCGCGCGCUGCUAUGGGUGACCUGCAGCAGGCGGUCGAUGUGCUCUAUGCUCAGGUCGUUGACAAGCGGCGACACAAGCGGAGGUUCGCGGCGGCCAGGGUGGUGAUCCAGAAGAACGAUUUGGAGAUGAUGGAGAAGAAGCUCGAUCAGGCUCUGCGUCGUUAUCAAAUGGCGCAGAAUCUGUAUCUCGUAUCAUGCGCGUCAAUAAUGGUCGACCACCUUUCGCAACCAAGGACUGCUACGGAAACAGCACUUGUCAGACAGGAUAACUCAGUCGCAACAGAAUUGGCCAGUAGUCUCGCCGUUGCCAAGCCUGCUACUGUCGAGGCAAUCAUAUCGGACGCUGUUGUCAUCUCAACCGGCUCGACCGUGCUUGGGAGAAUACACAUGGGCUUUGGAGAGAAGGGUUAUCGGGUCUCCAUGAGAACACCCGCGUGGCUCGGCGGCGCUGUCUAUGCCAUUAUGGCUAAGAGAAGCAUCAUGGGUUGGCAACUCAACCUGUCCACCUACGCCGUCGUCCCAAUACAUCCGCAGGAACUUAUCGCCGCCGUAAAGGCCGACGACGUUACCGGACUGCAAAAACAGCUGUGCGGAAUGAACUUGACACCAUUCGUUCACGACCAAAACGGCCUGAAUUUACUGCAUUAUGCCGUCACGAACGAAGCCAUGGAAACCACCAAGUGGCUUUUGAUGUCCGGAUUGCCCCCGGGCUCCUAUGAAGAAGUGGACAUCUCGGAUACUUCUGAGUUUUGCAUCGUGUUCGUAUACUUCCUUUCCCCGAGUACCACAAAGUCAAGGACAACGACUUCUGACGACGUCCUCAAGCACUCCUCUGGAAAAGCUGCUGUUUAA